AUGUCUGGAGAAAAUGUGGUGAGAACGCGAUUGCCACCAGCUACAAAGACGCCGCUAGAUCCAUCUGUGAACGGGUUACGAAAGACGGUGAAACAAGUGAUGGGAUCGGAUGUGGAUGAGCUAUUGAAGCAUAAGAAACCGGACGCGUUAAGCGAUGGGAAGCAGCAGGAGCAGAAACAGACGAUUGGGGGGCAAAUAGAGUUUGCUGUGUACAAGACACUACUGGUUAUAUUGUACGUAUUCUAUGCUGUGACGAGAUACUUCCAACGAGAAUACAAUAGGAUUGCCAUUAAGCUUUUAGACUUGGCGUACAAUCCGUCGAACUCCCCACAAUUGAUCAGACAGGAUGUGACCAAGUUGCAAAAGAUCCCCAAGAGGCUUGCAGCUAUUUUGGAGUCGAAGGCCGAGGGAGAUAUUGGGGGCGGGCUACCGGGGCUAAUCAACGAUGCGAGCGAUGUUGUGUGCUGGACGGUGUCUGCAGGAAUCAGAUACCUAACGUUGUACGACUACGAUGGCAAAAUGAAGCAGAACGUGGACGGAUUGCGGGCUGGGAUCCACCACAAGUUGACAAAGUACUUUGGGCCUGAUCACGUUCCCAAGUUUGCCAUCAAGAUACCGCACACGAACCAAGUGUUUUUCAAUCUAUCCGACGAAGAGAGCGCCACUGGCUAUGUUUCGGACGAAUCGUCGACCUCGUCCUCUGGACACAAGAAUCGUGUCGCCAUUGAGAUUUCGCUCUUGUCGAACGUUGACGGACGGGAGACAAUUUUAGAAUUGACCAAAACGAUGGCCGAUCUAUGCGCCAAGGGUCAAUUGAACGCAGAUGAUGUUGACACGAACUUGGUGAACCAGGAACUAACACAGCUCGUUGGCCAAGAGCCCGAUCUACUUCUAUACUUCGGACCGGCCUUGGAUCUACAGGGAUUCCCUCCGUGGCACAUCAGACUAACCGAGUUGUACUGGGAGACAGACAACGACCAGGUAUCGUACUACGUUUUCAUCAGGGGAUUGAAGCAGUAUGCUGAGUGUAAAAUCAACGUGGGGAAGUAG